GGACUACCUGAGUCGCGUCUUUGUCCCUCAUCGGAAGGUGUAUAGGAGCGGACCCAUAGGAAGUGGCUGGGGAUGAGUUUCCGCUUCCGGCCUGCUGCCUGAUUCGCUCGAGAGGGAAGAGCCUCUGCCGUUCUCCUCGCAUGGCCGCCUCGGUGGACUUUAAAACCUACGUGGACCAGGCCUGCAAAGCAGCCGAAGAGUUCGCCAAUAUUUACUAUGAAACCAUGGACAAAAGGAGGAGGGUGUUGACCCGGCUCUACACAGAUGAUGCGGCGCUGGUUUGGAACGGAAACGCCAUGUCGGGACAGGAGGCCCUUUCGAAGUUCUUUGAGAUGCUGCCUUCCAGCGAGUUUCAGGUGACAACCUUCGACUGCCAGCCUGUCCAUGAGCAAGCUACCCAGAACCAGACCACGGUCCUCGUUGUGACUUGUGGCACUGUCAAAUUUGACGGGAACAAGAUGCAGUACUUCAACCAGAACUUCUUGCUGACGGCACAAACCACAAACAACAACACGGUGUGGAAGAUCAUGAGCGACUGCUUCCGCUUCCAGGAUUGGCCCAGUUAACAGGCGACAAGGAGGGAAAGUGUCCUCUCCAGACAAGAUGAAAGUCGCUUUUUGAACGAUUGAAACUUCUGUAUGAACUGUUUUUCCUUCUGUGUCCUCUUUGGGAACAAAAUAGACAAUCGCAAGAUGAAACCCGACUCGCUACUAAAAAGACUUUGGUGCCUUCAUGGUCAGGGUAGACUACAUCAGAGUGGAAGCCUUUCCUGGGUUUUUUUUAUAGUGAUGAAUUAUUUAGGAGGCAGUGGAUUCAGGCCCCCAAAGCUCUUCAUAUUCUGUUUGGCACAUUCUGGCUGUGCUCUCCUUAAAGGUUGUAUGGUUAACCCAUUUCCUUUGCCUCCGAGAAACAUUAAAAGGGCUCUGACACAGGUUUGCAUAAGGGCUUUGGUCACUUUUUUUGGUAUUAUGGUCUUAAUCUAAACAGGUAAUUUGUUCAAAGAAAGAUGUGUGCAGAAUAAGCUUAUAUUUCUGCAGUGAAAAUUCUGUAGUUAUGCUAGGGUUUUUUUUCUGUCACUGUUCAAAAUGCAAAUAUUCCCUGAAUAAAGCUUGUCCGAAAAAAAUAAAAAGGCCAGUACUAGCCUUAGAAAUGUAGUAAAAUUGCCCCCCCCCCCCCAAUUCUCUAGAGCAGGUCUCUUCAACCUGCGGCCCUCCAGCUGUUCGGGCCUCCAACUCCCAGAAUUCCUGACCAUUGAACAAACUGGCAAUAAAGGCUUCUGGAAUUCGGAGACCUGCUCUAGGGAAUGGGGAAGCAAUUUUGCUACAUUUCUAAGGCCUUUUUAUUUUUUUCCAGACAAGCGUGAUUUCUUCCAAGGCCCCUCUUGGGCCUUAAAUGGACCAGAGCAGCAAAAAACUUAUUGAAUAUACCUCCCAAAAAAGGGCAUAUUACAAAAGGGGCAUUUGGAAUCUAUGAGCCGAAUAGAUUAGUUUCCCCGCACUUACACUAAGGAUGCCAUGGUGGCAUUAAGGCUAAUGAUUAGAAGUGUUGACUGUAGAGUUUGACUUGUUUGGUCAUAGAACACAGAACUGCACUUCAGUUCUUUCCGUGUUGUCCAUGACUAUGUGCACUGUCAACAGUACCGCAUCAUUAUAAUUAAUACACCUGUUAGAUGUAAAUAAAUCUUUCCAAUACAUUG